AGAACAUUUCCCCAUACAGAUCUGAUUCCUUUCAUACUAAAGAUCCAGAUUUGUUCAAGGACUGUUGGCUACUUGUGCCAGUAUCAUCAGUCCCCAUGGUGAUGCGAGCAAAUGCGCUUACAAAGUGACUGACUGCCUGCAACAACCUUUUUUGAGAAAAGCCUGUGGAUGGUCUUAUCUGCUGGGUUUCAACGCGCAAAUAUGUCAAGGCACCAGAGGACACAUUACAAAAACAUGGACAAUGUGGUCGAGGUAAAAAGCAAAUUUGAGGCGGAGUACAGGCGUUUCGCAGUGAAGAAGGGCGACGCCGGUGGCUUCCAGGAGUUCUAUCGGUUGCUGCAGACUGUUCACCGCAUCCCCGGGGUGGAGGUGCUGCUGGGAUACGCUGACAUCCACGGGGACCUGCUGCCAAUCAACAAUGAUGACAACUUCUACAAGGCCCUGUCCUCAGCCAAUCCGCUGCUCAGGAUCAUUAUUCAGAAGAGAGAUGUGGAUGAGCCUGUGGUCUUUGCCACCAACUCCCUGCAGCGAAGGAAAAAGGGCCUGGCGGGGUUGCGCCCGGCACAGCAGAAGACCAAACAAGGCCUGAUGAUUGGCCUUCCCCAGGACUUCCGGCAGAUCUCCUCCAUUAUCGACGUGGAUAUCCUGCCCGAGACACACCGUCGCGUCCGCCUGCACAAGCACGGUACCCACAAGCCCCUUGGGUUCUACAUCCGGGACGGCGUGAGCGUGCGGGUGACACCUCAGGGCGUGGAGAAGGUGCCUGGUGUCUUCAUCUCACGCCUGGUGCGUGGAGGCCUGGCUGAGAGCACCGGCCUGCUGGGGGUCAACGACGAGAUCCUGGAGGUCAACGGCAUCGACGUCGCCGGCAAGUCUCUGGACCAGGUGACUGACAUGAUGGUGGCCAACAGCCACAACCUGAUCGUGACGGUGAAGCCGGCCAACCAGCGCAACAACGUGGUGCUCAGAGGUAGCAAGGUCUCAGCGGGGGGCAACAGCUCCUCUGGGUCUGUGGGCUCCGCCUUCUCCCACGACUCGGCACACAGCCCGGCCUCUCAGAGCGUCAGUCAAAACAGCAACAGUAACAGCGUGACGGAGGGCGACAGCGACGAAGACGGGGACCUCAUCAUCGAGAGUGACAGCCUGCCGCCUUACCUGCCCCAACGCUGCGCGUCCAAUGGAAACGACAGCCGAAGGGAGUCUCCCUCGUCUUCAUCACCAGGGCAACGGCCCAUGCCCCAGAGUGUGUCCCUGCCCAGCAGCGGCUCUCUGUCAGACAGCAAGGCCUCCCUGAGCUCCCUGACCACCCCCACACACAACGGCAGCACUACCAAGACCAGCAGCAGCCAGGAGAGUAUGAGAGAGGACGGGAACGUCAUCACCCUGUGAAAGCCACACUAAACGUGCACACUCGGAGAAGACAAAUGCAUGGUGAACCUCAAACUAAACAAUAGUUGUAAUUGUUACCUCAUAAUAGAAAACUCACAACCAUGAUGAAGGCAUUGGGGCGGUGAUGACGGUUUUGCCUUAACAAGUAUUUGAUGUGUAUUCCAUGCAAAUUUAAUGCUGUGGAAACAGCAGAUGUCAUGUAAGGACCUUAGUGACCGUGUGGUGUCAACGAGAGCCCACUCACUACAGGAAAAUGGCUGUUACCUCCACCAGACUGGAAGUGCCUUUCGGCUUUCCGCUCAACUCGCCUUAUGUUUCUCACUUUUUCUUUUCAAACCAGACCACCUCUCCAACUCUGAACAGGGCCCUUUUGUGUCAGCUGAAAGGUGAGGAUUGACAGGAUGGCAAGCGGCACACCACAAGUCCAUCUGUGAAGGAGACUGUGUGUGAGCCACAUAGACAGUGUUAGGAGACAGAAUGUCGUGAGGACGUUACAUAAGAGACAGAGCAUUCUGCGACGCUUUGCCACACGUCCAAACACUGAAUUGUCUUCUGUGACUGUGACAAUCACUGCCCAUUGUGUCACGCUGCUGGCUGUUUCCCUGCUCCCAUGACAUUCAGUGUGUUCAGAAGUCAUUGCGUUAUGGAACACACCGGUCCUAACCCUAGGCCCGGGGGGGGGAUGACAGUUCAAACCACAACAUUGUUUAAACCUCUACACAUCCUCACUUCAUCUUUUUAUGGCGCAUCACAACCUUUUAUCGGAAACUACGUAAAGGUUGUGUGGGUCAUUAGUGCUGAUCAUCUGCCUCCCCGUGCAGAAGGAUCAUCAUUAUUUUACCGUUCCCAUAGCAACAUAAGCCCUGUGUUUACACUCUGACAUAUGGAAUAGGGAUUCAUUGAAGCAGUAUAUACAAUCAUCAGUCCAGUUGAUUCUAGCUCAGGACAGAAAACACAGACGCCUUCAAGUAACGUGAUCAUUUCCUUCUUCAUUGUACUUCACAGCCUUCAAAAUACAUUCCUUAUCUAGAACAGAGGGUUUGACUUCAGUCUGUCCCCUCAUUUGUUUUAUUUAGAUCAAAUAAUGAUUUACGGUAUAGAGAUCCCAGAAUGAAAGUUUCCCAGGCAGCCUUGGCAUCUUUCUUUCAGAAAACCCAGAUCAAUUUUCCUCCAGGACAAGGUUUUUUUUUUACCCCGAAAACAUUUGCCGGGGUGUAAACACAACAGAAAUAACAUGGUGCAGUGUUGCUCCAGUAGGUCAUGACCUCUCAUAGACCCAGCUGUCUACAAGCCCACUGGAGACUGGCGUGUUUUGGCGA